AUGUUGAUCGACGGAAAAGAAGUUCUAACGGCCGAAGAGAAGCGCCUGAAGGAAGACCGUGAGAAGACCAAAUACUGGAAGCGCUGGGGACCCUAUGUUGCUGAGAGACAAUGGGCUACUGUUCGAGAGGACUACAGCGCGGAUGGUGAUGCCUGGAGCUAUCUGACUUACGAUGAUGCUCGGUCGCGAACCUAUCGUUGGGGUGAAGAUGGUAUUGCCGGUGUCUCCGAUACACAUGGUUUGCAGAAUAUUGCUUUCGCUUUUUGGAACGGUGAGGACGACUUCCUGAAGGAGCGUCUGUUCGGUCUGUCCAACCCGCAGGGUAACCAUGGUGAGAGUAUCAAGGAGGCACAUUUCCAUGUGGAUAAUACUCCUACGCAUUCUUACAUGAAAUUCCUCUACAAAUACCCUCAGAGGAAGUUCCCAUAUCAAGACCUCGUCGAUGAGAAUGCCAAGCGUACUCGUCUGGAGAAAGAGUACCAGAUCCUUGAUACUGGUAUCUUCGAUGAAAACCGCUAUUGGGAUAUCUACAUCGAGACUGCCAAGGAAGCUGACGAUGAGGAAGAACUACUCUUCCGUGUCAUUGCGUACAACCGGGGCCCAGAGCCUGCCCAUCUACACAUCGUCCCACAUGUCUGGUUCCGGAACACAUGGGCCUGGGGCGACGAGAAGAACAAGGAAAAGCCUUCUAUUAAGAAGGAUGGUUCCCUAGUCGCAAAGUCAGAGCAUAAUAAGAUCGGCGAGCGCUAUAUUCAUUUUGCGCCGUCUCCUCCCGUCGGUUCGAGUGAGGAUGAUGUCCAGCCCGAGCUGAUGUUCACCGAGAACGAGAGUAACAACAAGUUGCUGUGGGACACUGAAAACAGCACUCCUUACGUGAAGGAUGCCUUCCACCGCCACAUCGUCGAGGAAGAAAAGGGUGCCAUCAACCCAGACAACGAGGGCACCAAGUUUGCUGCGUGGUACGCGUUCAACAACGGCGAGGGAGUCCCACCCGGCGAGUGCGCUGUCGUCCGUUUCCGAGUCUCCCGCAAGAAGGAAGACUUCGUCGAUGAAGAAGUCCUAGAUGAUGUGAUUGAACAGCGCCGUGCCGAGGCCGACGACUUCUACUACCACCUCAACCCCCUCCCCAUGAGCGAGGAUCUCCGCAACAUCCAGCGUCAGGCCUUCUCCGGAAUGAUGUGGUGCAAGCAGUACUACAACUUCGUCUGGGACCAAUGGGCGAAUGGCGACCCCGCUGAAAUCCCUCCCCCAGAGGGCCGAAAGGGCAUUCGCAAUGAGCAGUGGCGUCACUUGUACAUUGACGACAUCUUGUCCAUGCCCGAUUCAUGGGAAUAUCCUUUCUUCGCCGCAUGGGACACUGCAUUCCACUGUAUCCCGCUGGCGAUGAUGGAUCCCGACUUCGCGAAGAAGCAACUCGACCUGCUCACUCGUGAGUGGUACAUGCAUCCCAACGGCCAGUUGCCGGCGUAUGAGUGGAACUUCGGCGACGUGAACCCUCCCGUGCACGCGUGGGCUGUGUUCCGCACGUUCAAGAUCGAGCGUAAGAUGUACGGACGACAGGAUCUAGACUUCCUCGAGCGUGUCUUCCAGAAGCUGUUGCUUAACUUUACCUGGUGGGUGAACCGCAAGGACUCUGGCGGCAAGAAUGUCUUCGAGGGUGGCUUUUUGGGACUUGAUAAUAUCGGUCUGUUCAACCGCUCCGAGCCAUUGCCCACCGGCGGUGUCCUCGAGCAAGCUGACAGCACUGGUUGGAUGGCCUUCUACUGUCUGACUAUGCUGAACAUUGCUCUGGAGUUGGCCAAGCACCGUCGCAUUUAUGAAGACAUUGCAUCCAAGUUCUUCGAGCACUUCUUGCUCAUCAGCGAUGCCAUGACCUUCCGUAACGGAGAUGACACUGUGCAGUCACUCUGGAACGAGGAGGACAGCUUCUACUACGAUGCCAUCUCCUACGGUGGCCCGUGGACCCAGCAACUGCCCAUCAGGUCCCUUGUCGGCCUGAUCCCACUCUACGCAGUCCUCACUCUGGAGCCAGAGCUGAUCAAGAAGUUCCCCUCGUUCAAGCGCCGAGUGGACUGGUUCAUCGAGAACCGCUCCGAUGUCGCAGAACGCAACAUCGCCAGCAUGAAGCACCGCGGCAAAGAUGACCGACUCCUCCUCGCCCUGGUCAGCAAAGACCGCCUAAUCAAGAUCCUCGAGCGCAUGCUCGACGAAACCGAAUUCCUCUCUAAGCACGGCAUCCGCUCUAUGUCCAAGUAUCACGAAGAAAACCCCUACUCCAUGGACGUCAACGGUCAGACCUUCAAAGUCGGCUACGUCCCAGGAGACUCGGACUCCGCCCUCUUCGGCGGCAACAGCAACUGGCGCGGCCCGAUUUGGCUCUGCGUCAACUUCCUCCUCGUCGAGUCCCUCCUGCGCUUCUACAUGUUCUACGGCGACUCCCUGCAAGUCGAGUGUCCAAAGGGCUCAGGUGACUUCAUGCAUCUCGGCCACGUCGCAGAAGAGCUCCAGCACAGAAUGCAGCAUCUGUUCGCGCGGGACGACGAAGGCCGACGCGCCGUCAACGCAGGCUCCGACCUCCUCGACUUCGACGAGCACUGGAAAGACAACCUUUGGUUCCACGAGUUCUUCGAUGGCGACACAGGCCGCGGACUCGGCACAUCGCAUCAGUGCGGAUGGACCGGGCUGAUCGCCAAGAUCAUCCACGACACAGGCAUCAAUUGCCGGCUACCACAGACUCCGCGGUCUCCAUUCGCUGCGGCAUCGCACUACUUCGACGACAUCUUUUCGCGGUCUGGUCGGCCGCGCGGAUCUGGUCGUCCGUCGCCUCGCCGGUCGUCGACUACCCGCUCCAUCGGUAAUCGGAGUGACUUCUACUCUGGCGAGGCUACGCCUGCUGCGUCGACGGUUAUGGACGAUGAGGAGGAUAGCCGUGGGCCUAGUCGGGCUAUUAGUCGGCGGGGUAGUACUCUUGAUCCUCAGGAUGAGGAUCAUGUUAACCACUACGUUGAAAGCCAGCUGCAGCGUGUGCGUAGCUCUGCUUCGAUUGCGAACUAUGAGGAUGAGUUUGAGACGAAGGCUGAGAAGGAGAAUGGGGAGAACGGAGAGAAUGAACCCUCUUGA